AUGAAUCCCAACGCCCUGGGCGCCGCCUGCCUGUCGCAGCGGUUGGUGCCGGCUGGCCGCUCCGAGCGCAUCUCGCUGAUGGUGAUGCAGUGGGGCCAGUUCCUCGACCACGACCUCUCCCACACGCCGAUGAACACAGCGACGCUGUACGGGAGUCCGAUCUCGUGCUGCUCGCUGCCGCCGCAGCUGCAGCACCCGGACUGUUUCCCGAUCGCGAUCCCGCGGACGGACAGCCUGUACCGGCAGUCUGGCCAGAGCUGCAUGGAGUUCGCCCGCUCCGUAGCCGCCGUCCACAACGGCUGUGGUCUGGGUCCCAGAGAGCAGGUCAACCAAGUUACGUCAUUCGUUGACGGCUCUGGCGUCUACGGAAGUUCUGACGGUGAACUGCAGCAGCUGCGGCAGUACGAGGGGGGCAAGAUGAAAAUGACCGGUUCUCUGCUUCCCACUACUGAUGGCGACGGUAGCUGCAUCCGACAGAGGACCGAUGUCAAGUGCUUCCAGGCCGGUGACAUCCGGGUGAACGAGCAGCCCGACCUGACCACGCUUCACACGCUCUGGGAGUCUCGCCGGCUGGUGGCAGCGAUGAUCCAGCACAUCACCUACAGCGAGUGGCUGCCGGUCGUGUUAGGCGAUGACCUCGUGACCCGACAUGACCUGGCACCGGCCAAGAGUGGGUUCUACGGCGGCUACAGCCCCAACGUGGACCCGACCAUUGCCAACGUGUUCGCUACAGGGGCUAUGAGGUUCGGCCACACGCUCGUGCCGGACCACCUGCUGCUGUUCACGCCCUGGCACACCAAGCUGGCCGGCGUCUCACUGCACAAGAGCUUCUUCCGGCCCCACUCACUCUACCAUCCGGGCAGGAUAGACGAGUACAUGGCCGGUAGGUUGACGUGA